AUGACCGCAGGCAACGGCACGCGCGGCAUGAAGAUCCCCUGGAUCGAGACGCCACUCAUCAAGUCCGCCUCGCUGUCUGAGCUCGUUGGCUGCAAUGUCCUUCUCAAGCUUGAGAACGUACAGCCAUCCGGGUCGUUCAAGUCGCGGGGCAUCGGCAACUUCAUCGUCGAGCGGCUGGCCGCCGCGCGCGCCGCCGCGGGCGACGACCCGACGCUCGUGGCGCACUUUUACAGCUCCUCGGCCGGCAACGCAGGGCUCGCGUGCGUCCACGCGGCCGUCACGCUGGGCUGUCUCGCCACCGUCGUCGUGCCCAUGUCCACGACGCCGUUUAUGAUUGCCAAGCUGCGGCAGGCUGGCGCAUCGGACGUGAUCCAGCGCGGUGCCUCGUGGCAGGAGGCCAACGCGUACCUCACUGAGACGGUCAUGGAGGACGCCCGUCGCAAGGGCGAGGCCGCCGUGUACGUGCCGCCCUUUGACGCGCCUGAGAUAUGGGACGGCCACGCGCACAUAUCGCGGGAGCUGGCGCGCCAGAUUCGCGGCGUGACGAGACACUACCCGAUCGCCACGGCGGCGGCGAGCAGACCGUCGGGCAAUGGCGGCCAUGAGGUACAUGUAACCGCAAACGGCCUGAACGGGGGUGGGCAUUCGGCGACAAACGGCGGCGAACCGGUCAUUGACAAGAUCGAUGCAGUCGUGUGCAGCGUCGGCGGAGGGGGUCUCUUCUGCGGCAUCAUGCAGGGCCUCGACGAGACGGGCAUGAGCGCGACGCGAGUCGUCGCCGUCGAGACAAAGGGCGCAGACGCCCUCUCGCAGUCCCUCGCCGCGGGCCAACUCGUCACGUUGCCGGCCAUUACGAGCCUGGCGACGAGCCUGGGCGCGCGGCGCGUCUGCGACAAGGCAUUCGAGUACGCGCGGCGCGAGACGGUGUCGACGGCCGUCCUGUCCGACGCGGAGGCGAUCCGCGCGUGCCGCCGCUUCGCCGACGAGGAGCACAUUCUCGUGGAGCUGGCGUGCGGCGUGUGCCCGGCGGUGUGCUACAACGGGAUGCUGCGCCGGCUCGUGCCGGGGCUCACGAGGGAGAGCGUCGUGGUGGUUGUCGUGUGCGGGGGCAGCAAUAUCUCCUUUGACAUUAUGGAAAAGUAUGCGGCGAGCCAUCUAGAUGGGAGUUGA